AUGGAAAUAGAUUUGGAGGCAUACGGAGAUGAACCUGUUAUCAUUAAUUCUAAAGGUAGAAGGUAUUUUUUGAAAGUAAGUACUUCUGAAUCUGGAGAUAAUAUUAUUCAUUUUGAAGAACCACCAAUAGUUCCUACUGAUUGUGAUACUCCAUGUGAACUUUUAAAUGCAUUUGGUGGUACUUUGAAUCCCGGUAUUCAUUCUCCACCGAAAAACAAAUCUAUUGGUAACCCCGUGCCGUUAGGGUUGGCGACUUUUAGUUACUGUGUUCUUGUGGUGUCAUUAAUUAAUGCUGAAGUUAGAGGAUUAACCAAUCCUCGUGUGAUGAUUGGUCCUGCAUUCUUCUUGGGCGGUCUUGUGGAAUUGAUUGCUGGCAUAGUUGCCCUAUUUGUCGAGGGAACUUUUGCAGCCGUUACUUUAGGUGGAUUCUCUGGAUUUUGGUUUAGUUAUGGUUGUUUGAAAACAGAUCAAUUUGGUAUUCGAGCAAGUUAUACUGACGACGAAUGGCGAUCUGCUGAAGGGUUCUUUUUAUUGGGUUGGUUGAUUCUUUCCUUUUUAUUAUUAUUAUGUACCAUGAAAGCUACUAUAGGGUUGUUUCUGUUGUUUGUGGGUAUUAAUUUGUUUCAACUUUUGUUGACCAUUGCGGCUUUCACAGGGAAUCAUAACAUUAGAAAAGUUGGUGGAUAUUUGGGAAUCAUUACCUCUUGUGUUGGUUGGUAUAAUAUGUAUUGCGGAAUAGCUACGCCGGACAAUUCGUAUUUUUAUGUACCGGCUGAGAACUUUAUGAUGCCUCGUGCUCCUAGAGUAUGA